CGGACGGGAAGGGUGGGGCCCGCCCAACGAAUUGCCUGCACCGCGGCGCCCGAAAUCAUCUUCUGGACGUCCAACAUACUCCCAUCUACAUCCACAGCGACGAUGUCAACCACCACAGGCAGCAGAAGCUCCAAAAAGCGCAAAGAAGCAACGGACGUAGCCAACGCACCAAAGGCGCCCAAAAAGCGGCGUUCGCAGGGCCCCGAACCGACCAAGUCUCCCCUCAUUGGGCCGCACGAAUCGAUCAUAUUCGAGCUGCAGCCCAAGUACGAUAUCCUUGUCGCGUCCGUGAUAUCCUCGACGCAGAUCCGCAAGCGCAUCAGCCAGGCCACGGAGCACGUUGGCGCGCCGUCGGAGAAGCCGCGCAUCGUCUUGUUCCACGCGCGGCCCGCAGAGGUGUGCAAGCUGGUUACCAUCGUUGAACACUGCAAGCGGGUCCUCAGCGACCAAGGAAGGGUCUGGUUCCAGUACAACGAACUGUUCGAAAUGCCACCCGGCACCGGGAGGUCGAAGAAAACGGCGGAUACGGUGGAGGAGACGGUCCUGGAUAAGGACGGCGACGAGGGCGAUUCGGAGGAGGGCGAAUUUGAAACCAUGAAGAACACUCGAUUCGAGAAAGCCACCAUGGCGGCCCCGCCGCGGACUAUGAAAUCAUUGAGGGUAUUUUUCACGACAGAGUCGGUCCCGGAAUUAAGGAGCAAGAAGGGCGUGACAUUGCAGUCGGCCGAGUCUUGACGACGGAGAUGUUGGCUUGGGAACGGUCGCCGACAGGACUUACUCGGGCAACGAAGCAUGCAUGGGGGGCGUUCACGAUGGACUGAUGGUAGACAGACUAAAGCUAUGAUACCCAAGAGAAAUUGCAAUUCACGCUGA